AUGGGCCGGAAGCUCAGUUUAUUCAGGGCCAUCUACCUGGCGUCUGCCAGUUGCAUGGGAUCUUUCGCUUUUGCAUUUGAUACUGGCGUUAUCAGCGGUGUCCUCACUCUCGAAUCGUUCCAGAGGGACUUUCGGUAUACUGAAUCGCAGAAGACAACCGUCAAUUCUAAUGCCGUCUCAAUUCUGCAGGCUGGUGCGUUUUUCGGCUGUUUCCUCACCACGCCAGUUGCAUCGCGCUUUGGCCGUCGAUCAGGCUUGAUCAUCAGUUCUCUGGUCUUCACCGUUGGAACAAUCUUGCAAAUCAUCAACGCGCAUACUCUGGCGACGUUCUACACAGGUAGAGUAAUUGCCGGCGUCGGGAUCGGCGCGGCAACUGUGUUGAUUCCGAUGUACUCCGCUGAGAUGGCCCCGAAAGAGAUCCGCGGGCGACUCGGUGCUUGUUUCCAGUUAUUCUUCGCUUUGGGUGUAAUGAUCGCCUACUGGGUCACCUUCGCCGUUUCAGAGACCCAGCCACCGAAGCCCAAGCAAUGGCAGAUAGCGCUCGGUCUGCAGCUACUGCCAUCCACUCUGUUGCUGAUCGGAAUGGUCACUGUCAAGGAAAGUGCCCGCUGGCUGGCGGUCAAGGGCCGGAACGAAGAAGCGUGGGAGUCUCUGAAAUGGGUUCGAGGUGGAGAGGACACGCCGGAGCUGCAGCAGGAAUUCGAUGAAAUUCUCGCAGGCAUUGCAGAAGAAGCCCGCGUCAAAGAAAACUUUACUUGGCGUGAACUCCUUCUGCCCGCGAAUCGGUACCGAAUCUUCAUUGCCAUUACGAUUCAGCUCUGUGCCCAGUUGUCCGGUAAUACUUCCUUGGCAUACUAUGCGACCCAGAUAUUCUCGGCCGUCGGCGCGGGGAGCUCCGCCAAACUGGUGACUGGCUUCUUUGGCGUGGUCAAGGUCGUAGGUGUCAGCAUCUUCCAAUUGUUUGUCAUUGACAAGAUUGGACGAAGGGUGCCAUUCAUGGCUGGGGCUUUCGCAAUGGGUUCGUUCAUGCUUAUUAUCGCGUGCGUGCUUGCAACUCAUCCCACGAGCUCGGAUGGGGCCGACUCGGGAGCAACGCCGGCCGGUAUUGCAAUGAUCAUUAUGGUGUACGCCGAAGCCUUUAGCUUCAAUAUGUCCUGGGGCGCGCUUCCAUGGCUAUACGUCGGCGAGAUUUUCUCGAGUCGGCUGCGAGAAGUCGGUGUGACCGUUGGAGCGGCGUCGCAAUGGCUGUUUAACUUUAUGAUGUCUCAGGUGACGCCACACGCCAUUAGUAAUAUUGGCUGGCGGAUGUUCUUGAUGUUUGCCAUCUUCAACUAUGCGAUCGUGGUAUACUCGUGGGUAUUCCUUAAAGAGACGCUGAAAGUCUCACUCGAGGAGAUGCAAGGUAUCUUCGGAGCAGGCACUGAGCCAGAUGGAAAACCUACAGUGGAAGCACAUGAAAGCCUCACAAAAUAG